GUCAACUUCUAGAUUGCACCGCGGCCGCCAUAGCAUUUCAAAAAGAUAUAUUUCAAUGUGAUCUGUUGCUGCUGACUAUCAAACGGCUGUUGAGUGAGUGAGUUUGGGGAGAGUUGGAGCCUUCUAGCCAUGAUCGGAAAGGUCCAGCCCCCAGGCGCUGCAGCAGGCAGCUGAGUCACGUGAGUGAGAGACAGAGAGCACACGCGCACGCCAUAAAAACGUUUUACCAGUUGAAUAAUGGAGACUGGACCAGACAGUCUGUUUGUGACCCUCCUGCUUCUCCUCCACAGUUCACACUCUGAGUCAGAGAAGUUUGAAGUUAUUGGUCCAACUGAUCCUAUUGUUGCUGUGGCUGGUGAUGACAUCAUUCUGCCCUGUUACCUCAAACCCAACAUCAGUGCUGAGGACAUGACAGUGGACUGGCUGAACCUGGACUUCAAAGACGGUCGUGUCUUUCGUUACCAAAACCACAGAAUCAUACGAGAGGAUCACAUUCCCUCCUACAUUGGAAGAACUGCACUGUUUGAAGAGGAACUGUGGAGGGGAAACACCUCUUUAAAACUGACCAGGGUACAAGGCACUGAUGAGGGAUUUUACACAUGCGUAAUUCAAUCAAAGCCCUGGAAUUGUAAUUUCACUAUUCAAGUCCUCGUUGAAGCUGUAGGAUCCAAGCCAGUGGUGUCCAUUGAGGGACACAGAAAGGGAGGGAUGGGUCUGCUGUGUGAAUCAGAAGGCUGGCACCCUCAGCCUGAGCUGCUGUGGCUGGACAGUAAAGGAGUCAAUCUCUCUGCUGGUCCUCCUGAGAUACAUAGAGACUUAAAAGGAUUCUACAAGGUGAAACAACAUGUCAUUGUCCAGGAGACUAACACCAACCGCUUUACCUGCAGAGUCCAACAGAGCCGGAUCAAUGAGAAGAUGGAGACAGAGGUUCACCUCCCUAGUGAGUUGUUUUAUAGAACCCCAUGGAGAAUAACCUCUAUUGUGAAAUGCUGUCUGGGAGCCAUCGCUGUGAUUGGGUUAGCUCUGGCUAUCUACUGCAUAUGCAUUAAGAAAGGUGUGAUAAUAGAUCAACUCAAACUGCAGCAGGUUGACUUCAAAAAUAAGCUAGUGAACCUCAUUGUGAAGCUAAUGAACCUCAAGAAGGAGUUGGUGAACCUCAAGAAGGAUUUGGAUAAGGUUGAGAAGGAUCUCACUAGUCAACUGGAGGACCUCACUAAGAAGCUAGAUGACCUCACUGAGCAGCUAAAGGACCUCACUCGGAAGCUCGUUUACCUGAAGAAGCAGUUGGAGGGCAUCACUGUGGAUCAGGAUGACCUCACUGAGCAGCUAAUUCCCCUCCCGGAGGAGUUGGAGGUCCUCAGUGUGGAGAUGUUGGAUGUGACUCCAGACCAGGGGUGCUCAAGUCCUAUUUGAGACGGUCCAGUGAUACAUUUCCUAGGUGGCAAAGGAUCAGAUGGAUAAUCAGCGUAGUAUCAAACCCCCAGCUCACAACCCCACGCAAACUGUUCACACCCCUCUUGUUGGCCAAGAGAAAAUGUUGCCGUUUUAAAGCAAAUUUCCUGCAAUUCUACACAUUUUGCAUGGGGCAGAGAUUUUUUGGGGGCUGUUUUAAAGUUGAUUUCCUGCAAUUCUACACAUUUUGCAUGGGGGCAGAGAUUUUUUGGGGGCUGUUUUAAAGCUGAUUUCCUGCAAUUCUACACAUUUUGCAUGGGGGCAGAGAUUUUUUGGGGGCUGUUUUAAAGCUGAUUUCCUGCAAUUCUCCACAGUCUUCCAUGUCUUAUGUGUGUUUAUAUGAUACCAGGGGUCGAAGCCCAACCAAGUAAAAAAAAAGAGCCCAUUCUGCUCCUUCACUGAGAAACUCUCCAUUCUUCAGCCCUGGUGUUAUUGAUAGUAUCUCAGUGGUCAUCUGUCCUGUAGAUGUCACUGACGGACUGUUUUAAAACAAACAAGGCAGGUAUAAACAGUUAAUAAAAGCAUGUAAUAGGAGAGAGUUCAUGUACAUGAGUUCUCAGAUUUCCUAUCAGUCUUUUGUUGUUGUAGAGUGGGCCAGUUUACUGUUUAUUGGAUAGGACAGAGAGGUAAAGGUAGGAAUGUUGAAAGAGCAAUGGGUUGGAUCGGAACCCAUUCUGGUACUGGACAUCCCAGACCACUGAUUAUUUGACUAAUCUUUGACGUGUCUUUCACCCGUCCCUUGGACUGUUCUGUCUUGAGGAGAAUGCGCUAUAUAUUUUUAUUCUCUGUGUUUUCUAACAGUAUUUGUUCUGUAUCCAUUCUGCUGUGUGCUUCUAUAUUUAGUUAAGUAUGUAGCAUCAACACAAAAUAAAUGUUUAGAAAUGUAUCAUUUGAUUAUAACAUUUUCCAAAUAAAGUGUGUUUUAUCUCCA